UUCCUGUCCACUCUCCCACUCCGCCCCGUCCCUUGCAAUCUAACGAAGCUGGUUAAAAGGCCUCCGCCCUGAAUAUAAAAUGCAAUUAUUUCAUUUAACCCUGGGCUGAAGCAGAGAUGGGAGCCGAAUCCCUGCUCGGCCUAGUCAACGGGACUUGGGCUAAGUAGCAAUUCCUGCCCCCCCCCGGUCCUCUCCUUUCUGCCUCCGUUUCCUCCGGGGUCCUAGCGCUCCUCCUCUUUCUCCUCCUCCUCCUCCCGAUGGAGCCGCAGACGAAGGAGAAAGCCAAUAGACAAAGGAGAGAGCAGGCAGUGGCCUCUCCAGAAAUGGCGGAGGCUGUGGAGGAGGAGGAGUCAGGGGUGGAGGUGAAGCUGGAGGACGAUGAGGAGGAGGAGGAGCCUGGCUACAUCCAAUCCGGGCGGCGCUACAAGUGCCUGACGUGCAGCAAGACCUUUCCGAAUGCGCCCCGCGUGCUGCGCCACCUGAAGUCCCACGCGACCGGCUUGCCCGGCAAGCUGUCCUGCCCUAGCUGCAGGAAGGAGUUCCCCGACCGCGGGCAGCUCCGCAAGCACCAGCUCAGCCACCAGACGGAGCGCCCCUUCCAGUGCCAGCUGUGCGCCAAGGCCUAUAAGACGGCGCCCGAGCUGCGCAACCACGGGCGCAGCCACAGCGGCGAGAAGCCCUUUGUGUGCCACGAGUGCGGCAAGGCCUUCAUGCAGCCGGUCUGCCUGCGGGUGCACAUGGCCCGCCACACGGGGGACCUCCCCUUCCGCUGCCAGCAGUGCCACAAGGGCUACGGCACGCUCUCCAAGCUGAAGAUCCACCAGCGCUCCCACACGGGCGAGAAGCCCUACUCCUGCGGCGAGUGCGGCAAGCGCUUCGCCGACCCUUCGGUCUUCCGCAAGCACCGCCGCACCCACGCCGGGCUGCGCCCCUACCAGUGCCAGGCGUGUCACAAGACCUACGCCGAGCUCAAGGACCUGAAGAACCACGAGCGCUCGCACACGGGUGAGCGGCCCUUCCUGUGCCAAGACUGUGGCAAGGCCUUCUCGCGCUCGUCGUCGCUGGCCUGCCACCAGCGCAUCCACGCGGCCCACAAGCCCUACCGCUGCAGCCUGUGCGGCAAGGGCUUCACGCAGCUCUCCUCCUUCCAGAGCCACCAGCGCACGCACUCCGGGGAGAAGCCUUUCCUGUGCCCGCAGUGCGGGCGCAUGUUCAGUGACCCCUCCAGCUUCCGGCGGCACCAGCGGGCGCACCAGGGCCUCAAGCCCUACGCAUGCGACAAGUGCGGCAAGGCCUUCCGCCAGCCGGCCGACCUGGCCAUGCACCAGCGCAUCCACACGGGCGAGAGGCCCCACAAGUGCCCCCAGUGCGACAAGAGCUUCGUGGCCUCGUGGGACCUCAAGCGCCACCUGCUGGUGCACUCGGGGCAGCGGCCCCACCAGUGCGGCGAGUGCGGCAAGAGGUUCGCCGAGCGCGCCAGCCUCACCAAGCACUACCGCGUCCACUCUGGGGAGAGGCCCUUCAAGUGCGGCAGCUGCGGGAAGGCCUUCGUGGUCUCGUCCAGCCUCAGGAAGCACGAGCGCACCCACGGCAACGAGGGCGGCGACAAGCCCGCCCCCCUCGCCAACCAGGACCUCCUCGCCACAGACCAGGCGGCCAUCGUGGUCGCCACGGUGAUGCCCGCCUGCGGGGAGUGCGGCGAGGCCUUUGGCUCCGCCCAGGAGUUGCGGCGCCACGAGCGGCUGCUCCACCCUUCCCUGCGCCCGUUCCCCUGCCCCGAGUGUGGCAAGGGGUUCUUGGACCGGGCCGGGCUGCGCAAGCACGAGCGCAUCCACUCCGGGGUCCGCCCCCACGCCUGCCCCCAGUGCCCCAAGGCCUUCCUGGGCGCCUCCGACCUGCGCAAGCACCUCAAGACGCACGCGGCCCCCGAAAACAGGAGCCCCGACGACACCGUGGUGACCGCCACCAUCACGACCUAUGAGCAGCUGCUCCCCGCCCACAUCCACCCCCAUCACGACGACGACGGGAUGGAGACGGACAAGGAUUCUCCCUCGGACUGUCUUCCGGAGGGUCUCACUGAACCUUCCUAAGCGCAGUCUCUUCUUUCCUGACAUGCGGCUGGGCAGCUUGGCUUGCUGGUAUCAUGGCCUCCCUACACCAUGGUGGCAUGCCUUUAUGAACCCCGUAGUCUCUUCCUUCCUUCCUUCCUUCCUUCCUUCCUUCCUUCCUUCCUUCCUCAUAAGGCUGUGUGCUUAGCACUCCUUUGAUGCCUCCCCUUUGGGGUACAGCUCUUGCUCCUCCAGUACUUAUCCUUGUAGAAGCAGGCUUGGCUAUGGGCGCUUCGUAAGCCAUGCCUCUUAAGUCGG